AUGGUCGAACAAACCCUCGCCGGCAAAGUCGCCAUCAUCUCCGGCUCCAGCUCGGGCAUCGGCGCCGCCAUCGCGCGCGAGCUCUCCUCGCGCGGCGCAUCCGUCGUCAUCAACUACCCCUUCGCCUCGCUCGCCGCCGAAGCCCAAGCCGUCGUGGCCAGCCUGGACGCCGCCGCCGCCGCCGCCGCCGCCAUCGCCGUCGAAGCCGACAUGUCGACGACGACGGGCCCGGCCGCGCUGGUCGACGCCGCCGUCGCGCGCUUCGGGCGGCUGGACGUCGUCGUCAACAACGCGGCCGUGGCCGUCAACCUGCCGCUCGAGCAGCAGACCCUGGACCACUGGGACGCGCUGGUCAACCUCAACGCGCGGGGGACCUUUUUGCUGACCCAGGCCGCGCUGAAGCACCUGUCCACAUCCACCACAUCCACCACCAGCGACACCCCCACGCCCACGCCCAGCCCCCGCAUCGUCAACAUCGCCUCCGUCUCCGCGCGGGCCGCGCCGCCGCUGCAGACCAUCUACGCCGGCACCAAAGGCAUGGUCGACGCCAUGACGCGGUGCUGGGCCAAGGAGCUGCCGCCGCGCUACCCGGGCCUGACCGUCAACGCCGUGAGCCCCGGGCCGACGGCGACCGAAGGGUUCCUGGCGGCGGGGGAAGAGGCCAUGCGGGUGCUGCGGCCGACCAUCGACGCGACGCCCGCGGGGAGGCGCAUGGCGGACCCGGCCGAGAUCGCGUACGCGGUGGCGUUUUUGUGCGAGGAGAGGGCGAGGUGGGUGAAUGGGGAGCAUCUGUUUGCGUGUGGGGGGUUGUUUGUGGAUUGA